AUGUCGCGCGCGUCCAAGCUGACGCUGCUGGGGACGUCGGCAUUUGCCGUGGUCACCGUGGUGUUUGUGCAUUUCCAGCAGGAUGCCGCAAUGCACCAGGGCGUUGUCCGUGACAUGGAGCAGCAGCGCGUCAAACGGGAGCGCCAGCUGGACUUUGACCUGCAACGCGUCCUCGAAGAAGAAUACCGCAAAGAACAGACAGUGCGCGACGUGACGGCCGAGAUGAGCCAGGCUGAAGUGACUGGUGCGGGCACGACGACGGCUUCGGCGAGUCCGGCAGAGAUCAAGAAGAACAGAGGGCUCUGGCUGUACGAUAGUGUUGCAUGA